GAGAGAGGGAAUGAAGAGGGCGGGGGGUGCAGCGUAGAAUGCGCAAGAAAGGUGCGCGUUGGAUGUUACUUGACCAUUAGUACCAGGAAAAAAUAUACCACGCUGAAACUAUUGAGAUUAAUACUGCUGAAGUAAAAGGUGAGGGAGUUGUUGGCAUUCGCUAGCACCAUGGCGAAUCGCAACAAAGGAAUGGGAGGGCAAGGCAUGGGCAGUGGGCCAGGUCCAGGGGCUAUGAUGGGCAACACCAUGGUAAAUGCACAUCCCCAAGGCAUGGGUCCAGGGCAUGGAAUGGGUGGGAGCCCAGCACCCAGCAUGAACAUGGGGCAUCAGUCACCAGGCAUGCCCACUGGAGCCAUGCAAGGAAUGCCUCAUAGUCACCAGAUGGGGCCUAGCCCAGGAAUGGGAGGCUCUAGCCAAGGUAUGCCAGGCCCUAAGCCCGGGCAUGGGAGGACCUCCAAACCAGGCAAUGACGGGUCCAAUGCAAGGCAUGCCUGGUGGCCCAUCUAGCCAAGGCAUGGGUGGAAUGCAUGGUGGCAUGCAGGGUAUGCCAGGAAGUGGUACAAUGGGCCCUGGGGGCAUGGGCAUUGGCCAGGGAAUGGGCCCUGGUGCAGCUGGUAGCAUGCCCAGCAACCCUGCCAUGGGUGGGCCUAAUAUAACCAUGCAACCAGGCAUGGGAGAGGCUCCCAGCAGUUUGUCUUCUAGUGCCUGUGUUGGUGUUGGCAGCACUGGGAUUCCUGUGGCCAGCUCAACAGGAAUGUCUGGGACUGCUGGAAUAAACAGCCACAAUAUUGCUGCUGGUGGUGCCGGUGCGGCAGGCACUGGAGGCCCAGGAGGAAUGAACCCUAUGCAACAGGGGCGACCUGCCAUGGGAGGACCCACUGGACAACCGGCACAGAUGCAAGGGGGGAUGCCCAGCAAUCCAGGGAUGGGCAGGCCAGCUGUGGGUCAGAUGCAGCCUGGUGUAAUGGGUCCUCCCAACCAGACAGUAGAUGCUGUGCAAGGCAGUAACCAAGGCAUGCAAGGUCCAGGCAUAGGCCCAGGAGGUAUGCCUCAGAGGCAGACUGCCUUCAGUCCAGUGCAGCUGCACCAGUUAAGGGCUCAGAUCAUGGCAUAUAAACUUCUUUCAAGAACACAGCCAAUCCCAGAGACAUUGCGUCUGGCUGUGGAGGGCAAAAGACAUAUGGGACCAUACCCCAGACCCGGGGACCCACACCAGAUGCAGCAAAUGAGAAUGCAGCAACAGCAAGGAGCUCCACAGUCACAGCAGCAGCAAAUGCCUCCAGGGGCACAACCUCCUGUGCAACAGCAUAUGCCAUCUCAGAUGGCUCCUAUGCGCCCACAUUCUGGUCCGGUGGGGAUGAACAGUCAGCAGGGACCGCAGGACAUGCAACAGCAGCAGCAGCAACAGAGAAUAAAUGUUCACUCCCAACAGCCACAACAGAUAAAUCAACAACAGCCACAGCAACAGCAACCACCCCCUUCAGUCCAAGCCAUGAUGGCAAUGCAACAGAAGCAAAACCGCAUUGCUCCUGUGGCCAAACCACAGGGCCUUGACCCUAUUGCAGUUCUUGGCGAACGUGAAAACAGAAUUGCUGCACGCAUAUCUCAGCGUAUCAAGGAACUGACAAGCAUGCCUGCUACCAUGGCUGACGACAUGCGAACACAAGCAAUGAUAGAACUUCGUGCCCUGCGACUCCUUAACUUCCAAAGACAGCUUCGUGCUGAAGUGAUUGCCAGCAUGCGACGGGAUACUACUCUUGAAACUGCUCUCAAUACAAAAGCCUACAAACGUAGCAAACGCCAGUCACUGCGGGAGGCAAGGAUCACAGAAAAACUUGAGAAGCAGCAGAAAGUGGAGCAGGAAAGAAAGAAACGGCAGAAACAUCAGGAAUAUCUAAACACUGUGCUCCAGCAUGCUAAAGAUUUCCGUGAAUUCCACCGCAAUGUUCAGGCCAAAGUAGUGAAGUUAAACAAGGCAGUUAUGACUUACCAUGCUAACACUGAACGUGAACAAAAGAAGGAACAGGAGAGAAUCGAAAAAGAGCGUAUGCGCCGUCUCAUGGCUGAAGAUGAAGAAGGAUACCGUCGCCUGAUUGAUCAAAAGAAGGAUAGGCGUCUGGCCUACUUGCUAACGCAGACAGAUGAGUAUGUUAUGAGCCUAAUGAAUUUGGUAAAGCAACAUAAGGAGGAUGUCAUCCGCAAGCAAAAGGCUGCUAAGAAGAAGAAAAAGAAGAAGGACACACCCAUGCCUCUCAGGGAGGGGGAUGAGAGUUCCAACAGUGGUGAAAUGCAGGUCAAGGUGGUAAAUGUAGAGACAGGGCAGGUGUUGUCAGGAGAGGAUGCACCACUUGCAGUCAGCUGGAUGCGUGGCGUUGCACCCAGAGAUGAAGAUGACGAUGAUUACGAAGAAGACUAUGGAAGUGAUGAAGAUGAUGAUAUGGAGAAUGACCCUCUUGAGCCUCCUAAUUCUAACAAGAACAUCGAUGAUCCAGAUGCCGUGAAGGAGGUUUUGCAACAUGCUCGAGUGGAGGAUGAUGAUGAGUACAAGACGUCACAUUCAGGAGCCCAAAAUUAUUACACCAUUGCUCAUACAGUCCAUGAAACUGUAACUGAACAGGCCACAAUCUUGGUCAACGGCAAGCUCAAGGAAUAUCAGAUCAAGGGAUUGGAGUGGAUGGUUUCACUAUACAACAACAAUCUCAAUGGCAUCCUAGCAGAUGAGAUGGGCUUGGGCAAAACUAUCCAGACAAUUGCCUUAAUUACAUACCUUAUGGAGAAGAAAAAAGUCAAUGGCCCGUAUCUUAUCAUUGUCCCACUGUCUACCUUGUCCAACUGGAUGUACGAAUUUGACAAAUGGGCCCCAUCAGUGGUAAAAAUUGCCUACAAGGGUUCUCCAGCAGUUCGUAGGGCUCUUACUCCACAGCUAAAAACAAGUCGAUUCAAUGUGCUGCUAACAACAUAUGAGUACAUUAUAAAAGAUAAAGCUGCUCUGUCAAAGCUGCGCUGGAAGUAUAUGAUCAUUGAUGAAGGUCAUCGAAUGAAGAAUCACCACUGUAAACUGACGCAGAUUUUGAACACGUACUACAAUGCCCCUAAUCGUUUGCUGCUAACAGGAACACCACUGCAGAACAAACUUCCAGAGCUUUGGGCACUUCUUAACUUUUUGCUGCCAUCAAUCUUCAAAUCUUGCUCAACUUUUGAGCAGUGGUUUAAUGCUCCUUUUGCUAUGACUGGAGAAAAGGUGGAGCUUAAUCAAGAAGAGACCUUGCUUAUUAUUCGUCGUCUUCACAAAGUGUUACGUCCAUUCCUGUUACGUCGCUUAAAGAAAGAAGUGGAAUCUCAACUUCCAGAAAAGGUUGAGUACGUCAUUAAAUGUGACAUGUCGGCACUGCAGCGCUUUAUCUACAACCACAUGCAAUCCAAGGGUGUCCUUUUGACAGAUGGGUCAGAAAAAGACAAGAAGGGCAAGGGUGGCACCAAAACCUUGAUGAACACUAUCAUGCAGCUGCGCAAGAUCUGCAACCAUCCCUUCAUGUUCCAGCACAUUGAGGAAGCCUUUGCUGAUCACAUUGGGCUGUCAGGAGGAAUAGUAACAGGGCCGGAGCUUUACCGCUCCUCUGGCAAGUUUGAAUUGCUGGAUCGCAUUCUGCCCAAGCUAAAGGCAACCAACCACAAAGUAUUGGUCUUCUGCCAGAUGACCUCCCUUAUGUCCAUCAUGGAGGACUACUUGGUAUACAGAGGCAUACGUUACUUGCGUCUUGAUGGCAUGACCAAAUCUGAAGAUCGUGGCCAGUUAUUGGAACUCUUUAACAAGAAAGAUUCCCCAUACUUUUUGUUCCUGCUGUCAACACGUGCUGGAGGUUUAGGACUUAAUCUGCAAGCUGCUGAUACAGUCGUUAUUUUUGAUUCAGAUUGGAAUCCUCAUCAGGAUUUGCAAGCCCAGGAUCGAGCACAUCGUAUAGGACAAAAAAAUGAGGUGCGUGUUUUAAGGUUGAUGACUGUGAACAGCGUUGAAGAAAAGAUCCAAGCUGCUGCUCGAUUCAAGCUCAAUGUGGAUGAAAAAGUCAUCCAAGCUGGAAUGUUUGACAAUAAGUCCACCAACACUGAAAGGCGUCAGUUCCUGCAGAACAUCCUUCUGCAAGAGGCUGAUGAAGAAGAGGAAGAAGAUGAAGUCCCCGAUGAUGAAACAAUCAACCAAAUGUUGGCUCGCGAAGAAGAAGAGUUUGAACUUUUCCAGAAAAUGGACCUCGAGCGUAGACGAAUGGAGGCACGUGAUCCAAAUCGCAAACCAAGGCUAAUGGAAGAGGAUGAGCUGCCAUCUUGGCUUGUCAAAGAUGUGAAAGAAGUUGAGAAGCUGACUGUAGAAGAUGAAGAGGACAAGAUGUUUGGGCGUGGCUCCCGUACUCGUAAGGAAGUGGACUACUCAGAUUCUUUGACAGAGAAGCAGUGGCUUCGAGCUAUUGAGGAUGGCAACUUAGAUGAGAUUGAAGAGCUUUCAAAGUCUCAGAAGCGCAAAAAGCGCAAGGCAGAAGAACAAAGAGAUGAUACACCCAAGGCCAAGAAAAAGAGGGGAAGGCCUCCAGUGGGGAAACCCAAGCCCAACCAUCCUCGCAUGACCAAGAUGAUGAAGAAGCUCUAUGAACUUGUUGUCAACUAUAAGGAUAGUGAUGGCCGUGUUUUGAGCAGCAUGUUCAUGCAGCUACCAUCUCGAAAAGAGUUGCCCGAGUACUACGAGAUCAUCACUCGACCACUUGACUUUAAAAAGAUUUAUAAUCGUAUCAAGUCUCACCGCUACAGAAACCUAGAUGAUUUGGAAGCAGAUGUAAUGGAGUUAUGCCAAAAUGCUCAGAGCUUCAAUAUGGAAGGAUCUGUUAUCUAUGAAGAUUCCAUCGUGCUGCAGUCAGUCUUCACUAGUGCCCGAGAGAAGCUGGAGAAGGAAGGAUUUGCUGCAUCAUCGUCGGACAGCGAAACAGAGGAAGAAGAAAGCAGCAUAGCCAGCACCAGCAAAGGAGGAAAGGGGAUCCGAGACUAUGAUGACGAUGAUGAUGAAGGUCGAGAGGCCAAAAAAACAAAGCCUGCCAAAGAAAUCAGCCGAAAGCCAACAGACAAGGCACGGAAACCAAAGCGCAGAUCAAAAACCAGACCAGUAAUCAGUGACGAUGAAACAGAAGACAGCUGCAGGGACCAGUCUGAUGGCGAAGGACCAAGCAGCUCUAGGGGCUCUUCAAGAGUAUCCUCCCCUGGUGGAGGGGGCAGAAAACGAUGAUCUCCAAGAGACAUAGUCUUGAAGCACAAAUAAGCGCAUCAUGAUUUGUACCUAAUUUAUGUACGUGUGCAAUUCAUGGAUUUGUGCAACAGCUGUAUAUAUAUAUUAAGGAAAUAUUUCUUACGAAAAAUGUUUUGGUCGCUUAAUUGUUUGUCAGUAGUUGAUCUAAGUGUGCAUCAUAAUCAUUAUCUUUAAUCAGGUGUUGACAAAGGUAGAAGAUGCAUUAGUAUAUAAUCUCUACACUUAUGAGCAAAUAGUUGUCUACUCCAUUCCCCCUUCAGUUGAAUUACCUUCAAACGACUAUGUGAAAUGCUUUUUCAUUAAAGAGACUAGCACACUUUGCAGGUGCUUUUUCAGAUACAGCGUGCAGAUGUGCCAAGAUUGAGGACUGUUCUUAACUAGUGCAUUUAAUAGCGGGAAAAAAGAUUGCAUCACAGUUGAUUGCUCCCAUAAUCAUUUUUGUAACACCAUUUUUUUUUAAAUUAAUUUUUUGGAGGUAUCAAAUACAGGUAUAAAAUCUAGAAUGCAUUUGUAGCCCCUUGUUUUGUCUAUGGAGUUUUUCUUUCAGUGUGGGAAGGGUAUUUUUGUACAUCUUUGAUGUUGAGGACCUAUGCUAUCUUACAUCAUUUUUUGCUAAGUUUUAAAACAAUGAAUGUAUUUAGAUCAUGCCAUUCAGCUGGGACAGUGUGCUUACUCAGGACAUUAACAUGAUCACUAAAACAAACAAAAAAGACUAAAGAUGUAAAACUAAAGAUCAUUCUUGUUUUGUUCAUUCAGUGUUUAAAAAGUUUGUUGACAGUGCAUAUAGGUAUUGUUUUCAGAAAACGAGGCUUUAGGGUUGGCUCUGGAAAUGCAUUUGUAAUGAUAUAUGGAAGUAUAAUGCAUGUCUUAUUUGUACUAUCUGGUACAAGACAGUAGAUCUAAAUCUCAUUACCUCUACACGCUGUUGGCAUAUGAAUCCUCAGUCUCACAGAACUAAACAUUGUACAUUGAACAAAUGCAUACUCUUGCUAUAUGCAUUAAAUGAUUCGCUGUUUUAGAACUGGCGUGUAAUUUUGCUCUUUUUUUCCCUCUUCAUUCCCUUUCUCACCUAUGUGACAUUGAGCAGUGUAAUGUGUUAAAUAUUUUAAAAGAAUAUAUCGAAAAGAGGUUUUUGUUUUCAAGAAAGAAAUGUAAUGUAUUUUUUACCAACCAUAGAAUUAAAAAAAUCAGUCUAGUCUACAAAGCUUAUUGUCAUUUGAAAUGGUGACAGUAUAAAUGUCCUUGUUAUUCUGAACUUCUUUUGUUUUUCAAUCAAUAUUUUAGUUGUUAAAAUACUCUGGCUUUGGAUUUCUGUCAUUUUUUUUCUUCAUUGUUAGGAAUUAAAAAAUGCUGGUUAAAAAAA